UUCCUCCUGAGGAUCCAUGUAGCUGCUGAGAGAUUGGUGUAAUAACUGAAAGAAAACAAUGCCCACGCCCUUUGCAACAACAGCCGUGCAGUCACAGUCUGUGAUUUGCAGUCUUGAACGCCCCUCACACAGACUGGGGACUAGCCUUUCGGAAUGAUGUCAUGUUUUAGGGAUGAAGAUAGCAGCAUCACUUGGUGAGGAUGAGGUGUUCUCUUCAGGUUUGAUCCCAGUUCUGUACCUAUGGAGCCAUUAUCAUAGCAAAAUGAUUGGAGAGUUGUGUAACUGUAUCUCAAUCCAUGAAUGUGUAAUCAGAUUUGUAAAUGUGUAAAAUAAUAUGGACUGAGAUUUGUGAAUGUGUACAGGAAUCUGCAAAUGUGUGUUCAGAAUGUGUUUGUUUGUAAUCAGAUUUGUAAAUGUGUAAAAUCUACAAACAUGUGUUCGGAUUUGCAAAUGAAUUGAGAUUUGUAAAUGUGUACAAACACGUAAAUGCGAAUAUACAUCUGAAAAUGUGUACACUAAUCUGUAAGUGCGGACACAUAUUAAUGGCUGAAAAGUCUAAGUAUUUGCUCAGGGAGCUGGAAAUACAGACAAUUGCUGCACUGUCUAUUGUUUUUAACCUACUUUAGAUGAAACCAGAUGAAUGGCAAUAUGGGGCACUGAAAUUGUUAAUCAGACCCUAACUCUAACCCAGGAUUAGGUUGGAAAAACGGUAAAUGACAGUGUUUCUGGGGUCCUCACUGUACAAAAACACAACAUUAAACUGUGGAUCAUAUUUUAUGUAGAAAAUAUGAUCUGGUUUUCCUGCUGAUGUCCUCUGGCUGCUCUUUGUCUCAUCUCCCUGUGAUUAGUUUACUGAUGGAUAGAUAACAUUGGCAUCAUUGUUGCUAAAGUAUGCAGCUAGUUAGGUAACUGUACCUGGCUACUGCUGAGCUCAGUGUCAGUGAACUGAGCAGCCUCCAGGUCCGAUGGAGGCCAGUCAGGCGACAGGGAAUCUAAUAAUGCACACAUGGAUUCUGAACACACAUUUUUAGAUUCCUGUACACAGCCAUUUAAACCAGACAAUGGCACAGACAUAUGAAGCCCUGAAGUGUUCGUUAAAUAAAUACAUAAUAAUGACAAUAAUUUUGUACAACCAUGUAAAAUGACAAUAAAUGAACCUUGAUUAAUAAUUAUGAAGCACUUUUUUUUCAAAGAUCACAAAGUGCUAUAUUAAGUCAAAUACACAUAUGAAGUAACAGUAGUAAUAUUUUUUUUAAUGAGAAAAUUGAUGGUGUUAGUUUAUUUUUGAAAAGAGUACAACUUUCAGAACAGUCCCUGAAAGCAGCAUUCCCUAGCAACAAAAUAAUCUUUGUUUAUAAAAUACCCUGAAAGAAGGAUUAAAAAGCAGAGAUAAACAACAUAAAGCCAAACAAUUCAGAGGAAAAAGACAAAUACAUAACUAUGGGGGAUGAAAUCAGUCCUGAAGAGAGAGAGAAGUCAUUAUAUGUGACACAAAUUCGACAUCUGGAUGAGCAGUUGAAGAGAUGUCAGCUUAAAUGUGACGAGCUGGAGAAACAGAACAAGGACCUCGCCUCUCAGUACAGUGUGGUGGAGGAAGACAAGAAAGACAUCGCAGAGUACCUGAAAUAUGCUGUGGCUGCAAAAGAGAAGGAGGUGAACGAGCUGACUGAGCGGCUGGAGAGUCUGCAGCAGGCUGACAAACAGGACAGAGAGGCCCUGAAGCUGUACCUCAGCCAGCAGAGGCAGGAGCUACAGGAGCGGUUCGAUGAACUGAACUCCCAGUCCAUUAAGCAGGAGGAGCACAAGGAGCAGAUCAUGCAGCUGAUGCAGCAGCUGUCCAAAAAGCAGUCUCUAGAGGAACAACUGGUCAGUCAGAAGGAAGAGCACGAAGCUGCCACCUGCAGCAUGAGGACGGACGCAGCGUUCGAGAGGGAUAAGCUGUCUAACGAGAUACAGAGCAAGGUGGACGCUAUCAUUAACACAAAGGCCUCAGACAUUAUUCAGAAGGAGAGGGCUCAGCGCAGCGAGUGGGUGGAGCAGUUCCACCUCCUGCUGCAUGAGAACGUGGAUCUGUGGGAGGAGAGAUACACCCUGGAAGCCAAACAAGGGGUGAUUUUAUGUCAGAUUGGCCUACUGAGGGAAGAUAUUAACAGUGACACCAUGGAGAGCUUCAUCCACAAGAGGGAGGUGGGGAAGCAGACGAACAAGUGCCAGCAGCUGGAGGUGAAUCUAAAGGGCCGUAGCGCCGUCCACAAGCGCACGCUGGCCAGGGAAGAGGAGCUGAGAAAGGAACUGGCCUCAGCGUCCGAGGAGUGCAGACAAAAAUCAGCUGAAGCCAGUCAGCUGGGGGCCGAGCUACAGUGGGAGAGGAGCAGGAGGAGGGAGCUGGAGGGCAUCAUAUGGGAAGCAGUCGUCAUUCUCAGACACAUCAUGGAGGACUCAGAGAAGGCGUCAAACACUCAGCGGAAGAAGAAGUGGCUGCUGGAGGUCCUGGAGAAAGCUGCCCCCAAAGAAACAGGCCCUGCUCUUAAAGUCUCAACUGAGGAGAGCAGUCAAGGACAGACACCGCAGACCACUGAAGCCAAACCAGCCAGUGCCGAGACCCUGAAUAGAGCCACAGAUCCACUGUUCCUGCUUGCCCGCUAUAGGCCAGGCGACCUCGGCUUAAUACCUCGACCUACAUGGAAACACAAACCAGCCGUCUCCACCAGCACCAAGUGGCGUCUCAACAGGAAACCGUGCAGUAAGAAGACAGGAACCACCGCCUCUGAACCAAAGCCAGUCAACAAAGACGAAUGUUUUUUAUCCCACUGCCCCAUUUCAAAAUAAAGGUUUUAGUCACUUUA